UUUGACAGGAAAAGAAUCAUGAAUUAUACUCGAUCAACUCAAAAGACAAAUAAGCUUGGCAUCGUUGGGUGAAAAAAAAGUGCUAGAACAUGAACUAUGAACUUAGCGUCUAUGCCUAGAAGUGAGGCAAUAAAAAAUGAAAAGAAAGGUUAAAAUUGUCCGACGGUGGAGAAAAGUGGGUGAGCUAAGUAUUAAACAGGAUGCGCGCAGCACGGCCUUUUGCCUUUUGCCUUUUGCCUUUACUUUCUUGCGAUUAAUAGGGGUCUGGGAGCACAUCUACCAUUUCAUCAACCAUUUCUUAUACGGAGUAAAUUCAAAUAGGGAAGAAGACAAACAUAUCAAAUUCAAAGAUAAAAUAUUGAGACCCAAUUCAUUUCUCUAUCAUCUCCUUUUCUGAAGAUGAGGCCCGGAACAAGGCUCAUCGUUCUCCACCCAUCACUUCACAAACAGGGCCUCUCUGCUCUACCCGCUGCUUCUCACCACAUCCUUGUUCUCGUUUUCGAUGUUUCGUCGCAUUCUUUGAUUCUCUUUGCACUCUUGUUUUCCGGCAAAGAUGCCGUUCCCGGAACCGGAACCGACGCAUCGGCCGCAUCAAGAACUCAGUCUCCCCCAUCUUUGAUUGACGAGCUUCUACACUAUGCGAGUAUCAAGUUGGUGUUCUCCGGAAGGUUACAACUUGUGGUAAUACAGUGUGGGUAUCCUCUUUUGAGGGUAAUAAACUGUGGGUGGGUAAGAUAUAACUAAAGGGUAUUUAGGAUAAUUUAGUGUUGAUCAAAGCCGAUCCUAAGAGUUUUUUGGUCUGAGUCGAGCUGUAAAAAAGGCCCUCAAGAAUUUUUGGGGAGGAAAGUUGAAGUUCAUGUCCGGAAUUCCGAACAGGAACCGCCAUCCGGACGGCGGCGUUUGACCGUCUUCCAGGUGGAAGUUUUUGAUGAAAUUUUUAUUUCCUGUUUUUCCUCAAGUCUACUUUAUCAACAAAAAAUGUCAGCUAAAAAUUCGAUCGAGAAGGUCAUCAAAGGGUUUUUUUAAAGAUAACUAGGCCAAAAUAUACACAUAAAACGCAGUUAACAUCCAAAAAUUAUUUAACGGCCUUCCCGGUUGAAUUUAAGCUGAAUUUGUUUGUAAAUAAACUAGACUUGAUAUGGAACAUGCCAUAAAAAUUUCAUCAAAAACUUUCACAGAAAAGGCGACCAAAAGCCACCGUCCGGACGGCGUUUCCUGUCCGGAAUUCCAGACAUGAACUUUCCUCUAUAUAAAGGUAAUUAAUAAAUUUACAGGGCCCUAAUUUUUUCCCCAAAUUUGUGGGCCUGAGGCAGUUGCCUCUUUGCCUCACGUAGAGGUUCGGCUCUGGUGUUGACAAAGUUACCAAAAAAACAAGCGUAAAGAUUUAAAUGGGACGUCCCAAAAAGGGAAGUGUAAAGAUUUAAAUGGGACACAGGGGUACUAUUAUACUCCGUAUAUGGAUGUAAAUAAAGUAGGGGAGAACAAAAAAACCGAAAAACUAAACUGAAUCGAUCAAUACCGAAACCGACUCAAGACAAAAUUGACUAAAACUGGUUAACCAUUGGCGGUUCGGUUUACGGUUUCACCUUUAGCGUAAAACAACUGACCGAACCGAAACCGACCGACAAAAAACUGACAAAAACAUGCUAAAACCGACUGAAACCGAGAAAACUGAACGAAAUUAACCGAAACCGAUUCAAGUAGUGCGGUUCAGUUUACGGUUUCACCUUUUCUAAAACCAAAACCGAUAAAACCGAACUGAUAAAACCGAAACCGACGAAACUGAACCGACAAACACCCCUAAUAUAAAGUGGUGCGACGUAACUAAUGUCGUUUUCAAGUAAAUAAAGAAAAAAUGCAGUUAUAUAUACUACUAAGUAUUGUGGAAUGAAACAUUGUAUGUGUAGAAGUCGGUAAAAUAUGAAGUACUCCGUAUUAAAGUGCUAUAUUAAAAUUCAGUGCUACUUGAUGGGGUAUACGAGUCUAGACCCCGGGACCCACAUACUCAGAAGAAUAAGAGGCACAACUGUCACCCAGUGGGGCCUCAAUCGGCCUGAUGGCCCUCCAUCGGCCAGAAAGAUAUCAACUCAAAACAUGGUCCAGAAGCCACGAGAACCGGGUGUCCCCGUCGGCCAUGGCUCCGUCGGCCAGACCCUCGUCGGCCACAGAAAGCUCCCAGAACCGGACUUCACACUUAAUUACUUCUACAUAUUUUGUACUCAGCCCAAUAGUGGCCCAAUUGUAAAUGGGCCUCCCAAGCCCAAGACUUGGGAGUCCAGUCCUAAUUUCUUCUAUAAAUACUCCCCUUGGGAGUAGUUGUA